AACGGACGCGCUCCGGGCGAACCUGCGCAGACGCACGUCUGGAAAGCACAAGAGGCGCACUGAAGGACUACUGUGGAGCAACAUGAAGAGGAACCACGACUUUAGUUCAUCUGACAGCGAGUUAGACGAGACCAUAGAAGUGGAGAAGGAGAGCACAGAUGAGAACGGGAACCUGAGCUCUCCUCUGGGUUCUCUGUCUCCUUCCACAUCCACUCAAGUUCAGGCCAGGAAACGGCGCAGAGGAAUCAUUGAGAAACGGCGCCGGGACAGAAUCAACAACAGUCUGAGUGAACUGCGCAGGCUGGUGCCCAGCGCCUACGAAAAACAGGGAUCAGCCAAACUGGAAAAAGCUGAGAUCCUGCAGAUGACAGUAGACCACCUGAAGAUGCUCCAUGCCGCUGGAGGCAAAGGUUACUUUGACGCCCAUGCUCUGGCCAUGGACUACCGAGGCUUGGGUUUCAGGGAGUGUCUGGCUGAGACGGCCCGCUACCUGAGCAUCAUCGAAGGCUUGGACAGUACAGACCCUCUGCGGAUCCGCCUGGUGUCCCACCUGAACAACUACGCCAGUCAGAGGGAGGCCCACUCCGGCCUGAGUCACCUGGCGUGGGGUUCUGCUUUUGGCUCUCCUCCGGCCCACCUGGCCCACAGUCUGCUCCUGCAGCACCAGCAGGCAGCAGGACCCCUGGCCCCCCUGCCCCCCCGCAGCACCACCAGCAGCCCACAAACCUCUGGCAUGGCAUCCACAACCACUUCCUCCUCCUCCUCCUCCUCCUCCUCUUCUUCAUCAUCCUCAUCAGUCGCAGACACUCACAUGGCAGGCAGGCGCAGCACCACCCCCCACUCUGACCCUGGUCCCAUUCGGGUGCCCCCCACCUCUGCAGCUCCUACCACCGUCCUGCACCCGGCCCUGGUCCCCUCCACGGCCUCCAAACUGUCUCCUCCUCUCUUGUCGUCGCUCUCGUCGUUCCCUUUCCCCUUCAGCGCUUUCCCCAUCAUCUCUCCCACCGCGGCCAUCAGCCCCCCAGCACCGACAUCCAGUAUUGGAAAACCGUACAGACCGUGGGGGAUGGAGAUAGGAGCUUUCUGACUCAAGUGAAAAUCUCAACACAAUCUUGCUAGACUCAACUCACUACCGAGCUGAGCUGGACUUUAAUGGACAACCCUUUUGAUUUCCCUUUGCUUAAAAAAAAAAAAAAAAAAAAAAAAAAGACUCUUUUUUUCUAUUAUGCUGACGUCCCAGAGCGGAUACACCUAUAGCUAUAGUAUUUUUAUUUUUUUGUUGUGGUAAUGUAUUGUGUUUUGUAUAGAAGAAAAAAACAGUAAGGAGGGACACGACGACUUAAAAACAACCAGAGCGAUUUAUUGUACUGAUUGAUCUCUGUUCCUGCCCACCCCUUUAGAAGUUCCAACCGCUGGUGUCAGCCUAUCAGGAAUGAGUUUUCCAGAUGGUCAAGCAGUCGCCUGUCAAGUUCCUGGGUGAAACUGCCCCCUUUGUUCCACCCCACCCCACCCUUUCCACUCAAACACCCCAUUUUGAUGCCCAGCUUACAGAGGGAGGGGACUGUGGUUCAGAGUGACCCCCUUUUUACAGCAGUUUAUGGGCUGGAAUAACCCAGACCAGGUGUUUGUUUGACUAAACAGAAGUUAGAUACCAGCUUGGUUGAAACAAACGUAACCAUAAUUUACUCACAGCCCCCUUCCAUGUUCAUAUGGUCCUCCAUUGUUCAUGUUUCCUUCCUUUAAGUUAACCUUUGUUUCUUCAGCAAAUUUGCUUCUUGACAUUUACAGUCAGGGUUUGUCCAUGUUUCAUCAGUUUAACUCUUCCUUUUCAGUGAACUGAUGAAACAUCUAUCACCUCGUGUUUAAUGUAUUUCCUUGUACUCUUUCAACAACAGCAUUUUCAGUCUGGAAUGACAAACAGUAGAGGAGCUGUGGGUAGCAACAGUUUUUGGAAGAAAAAAAAAAAGAAAACUCUGCAGAGACAUUUAGAUCUGUUCCCUCUUCCUUUUCACCUGAUAUUUAUGUCUCCUGGAAAACCUCACACUGAGUUUGUAUAUUUCAUGGUUGCACAAAGCACAAGUAAGCACUAAAAAUUCAGAUUUUUAAGGUUUUCUAAAAUUGUUGCUGGUGGUAAUGACAACUUUCAUGUAAUAAAAGAGUAACGAUAAAUCA